CGAGCCUGACGUAGGCCGAAUUCGUCACCAUGGUAACGGAGGUUUUGACGACGGCCUGGAGAGCGGUUUGAGGGGCUCUUGGAGCCGCUGAAGUUUCGCCAUCAUGGAUUUAAACCUGAACCGGGUAGAUUAUCUCCAGGUUGGUGUGACUUCUCAAAAGACCAUGAGGUUGCUUCCUGCUUCAGGACGCAAGGCAACACAGAAGGUUGUCAUUGGAGAUCAUGAUGGUGUUAUUACCUGUUUUGGUAUCAAAAAAGGAGAAUCUGUGCCAGUAUUCAAGACCUUGCCCGGGGAAAAAAUUGCAAGGCUCGAACUGGGAGGUGCUCUUAAUACACUUCAGGAGAAAAUUUUUGUGGCUGCAGGAUCUGAGGUUAGAGGUUUCACAAAGAAAGGGAAACAGUUUCUUUCAUUCAACACGAAUCUCACAGAGAACAUCAAAGCUAUGCAUAUAUCUGGAUCAGAUCUCUUUCUCGGUGCAAGCUAUAUCUAUAACCAUUACUGUGACUGUAAGGAUCAACACUACUACUUAUCAGGAGAUAAAAUCAAUGAUGUUAUUUGUCUUCCAGUAGAGAAACUGUCUUGUAUUACACCAAUAUUGGCAUGUCAAGACAGAGUUCUUAGAGUUCUGCAGGGGUCAGAUUUACUGUAUGAAAUGGAAGUGCCUGGUCCCCCUUCUGUUUUGGCUUUGAAGAAUGGAGAUGGUGGUGACUCUGGUGAAGAGGUUUUAUUUGGGACAUCUGAUGGUAAUAUUGGUCUGGUAGAAAUUACUGGUGUUUCCCCAGUAGACAAGUGGAAAAUUGGUAAUGAGAAAAAAAGAGGCGGCAUUCUAUGUAUGGACAGCUUUGACAUUUUGGGAGAUGGUGUUAAGGAAUUGCUUAUUGGUCGAGAUGAUGGAAUGCUGGAAGUCUAUGGCUUUGAAAAUUCGAAGAGUCCUGUUCUCAGAUAUGAAUAUACCUUUUCAGAAAGUGUCACAUCUGUCCAAGGUGGCUGUGUUGGGAAGGAAGGCUAUGAUGAGAUCGUAGCAUCAACAUAUUCAGGAUGGGUGACAGGAUUAACUACAGAGCCUAUCCACCGAGAGUGUGGAUCAGGGGAUGGAUUAAAGCUUUCUCAUGACAUGCAGAACAAGGUUUUAUCCUUAAGGAAUGAAUUGGAACAACUACAGAUCAAGGUUCUUCAAGAGCGUGAAAAAUACCAACAGUCCUCACUGUCCAGCACUGCAGUUUCAGCCGUCCCAACAUUCAGUAUAAAUGACAAAUUUACAUUGAAUAGGGAUGAUGCCAGCUACAGCCUUGUUUUAGAGGUCCAGGCUGCAAUUGAUACUGUCUUGCUACAGUGUGAUGUUCCAAUAGAUCUAAAGGAUGCAGAUAAAAAUUCAGCUGUGGUUAGUGUGGUUGACUGUGAAUCAGAGCCCAAUGGUAACUUCCUUCUUGCCACUUACCGGUGUCAAGCAAAUACUACAAGGCUUGAACUUAAGAUUCUGUCAAUUGAAGGUCGGUAUGGGACACUGCAAGCAUAUGUGACUCCAAGAGUUCAACCAAAAACCUGUCAAGUUCGACAGUAUCAAAUUAAGCCGCUUUCACUUCAUCAAAGGACACACUGUAUUGAUCGUGACAGACCCAUGAAUACACUGACCCUCAAAGGCCAGUUCAGCUUUGCAGAAGUUCACUCUUGGGUUGUGUUUUGCUUGCCUGAAGUUCCUGAAAAGACGCCUGUGGGGGAGAGCAUCAGCUUCUACUUUCAGAACACUUUUUUGGAUACACAACUUGAAUGUACCUACCGGAAAGGAGAAGGAUAUUUCAAAUCUGACAAUAUUUCCACAAUAUCUAUUCUAAAAGAUGUGCUGUCUAAAGAAGCUACUAAAAGGAAAAUUAAUCUCAAUAUAUCAUGUGAUAUAAAUGAGGUAUCUGUGAAUCACACCUUAAAGUUAAUCCAUCCAAAAUUAGAGUAUCAGCUGAUGCUGGCUAAAAAAGUAGAAUUAAUAGAUGCUUUAAAAGAGUUACAAGCUCAUGAAGGAAAUACAGACUUCCUGAUUCCAGAGUACCGCAGCAUUUUGGAAGAGGCUGAACAGCUAAUCCAAGAGCACAAGAAACAACCCACGUCACUUGAAAGACUUUAUGGUAUGAUCACAGAUCUAUUCAUAGAUAAAUAUAAAUUUAAAGGCACUAAUGUGAAAACCAAAGUUCCUCUUCUGCUGGAAAUUUUGGGAAGCUAUGAUCAAAACACAUUGCUUGCCUUUUUUGAUAGUGCUUCAUGAUCUGGAAGGAUGGAAACAUUUUGAAAUCUCUAAAGUGAAUGUAGAAGACGCAGAUCAGCAAAUCCAGACCUUUGUUUACAUAAUUUUAAAUAUAAUGAUAAUUGUUACUGAAUAAAGGUUACACUUAUUAUGCAUAUAUAUUUAAAAAACAUUGUUACUUACCAAAAACAUUCCCUACAUCAAAUAUGUGAAUUGUGACUUAAUAAUGAUUGGUAGGACUGCCAAACUUUUAGUGACAUCUGGCAUAUAUACUCUAAAUACAUUUUACAGAACCUUAAUUUUAAAAGGACAUGUAAAAUGUUCUCCAUUCAUUAGCUUUUAAAGAAUCUGAUUUUGGAUUCUGAUUGAUCCUAGCAAAUUUAAAGAUUUUGAGUCUUUAACUAUAUGUAUCCUAUGCAAAAGACAAAAGGCCCCUUCUACACUGCCAUAUAAAAUCUGGAUUAUAAAAGCAAAUAAUCCACAUUAUCUGCUUUGAACUGGAUUAUAUGAGUCUACACUGCCAUUUAAUCCAGUUCAAAACAGAUAAUUUGGGUUUUUUAAUUAUUAUUAAUAUCCCUCACAAUGAACAUUAACACAAAACUUAGAAUAAAUCAGUUAAGCAAUUUUUAUACAUGCAAUCUCUAUGUGUACCCAACAGGCAUGGGGGCAUAUAUUCAUUCUUAAUAUUAAUGAUUCUUAUAUUGACCUCUUCUCCAAAAUGCUUAGUGUAUGUUGAUUUGAUUUUAUUCCCUUUUCUUUGAGAAAUAUAUAUUCAUAUAUAUAAAUAUAUCAUCUGUGUUUUAUAUGGCGGUGUAGAAGGGGCCUCAUAUGAUUCAGUUCAAAGCAAAUAAUGUGGAUUAUCUGAUUUGAUAAUCUAGAUAAUCAGGCGUGUAGAAGGGGCCAAAGUAGUCCUGUAUUUUGCUUGCAGGCCACAAAAGAAAUUCUUAGAUUUGCAUAACAGAUUUCAUGUAUCAUUGUUCACCAGUAUAGAUCAGUUUGGAAAUACAAUUCUGAUAAUCACACAUUCCAUAUCAACACUAUUAGGCCCCUUCUACACUGCCAUAAAAUUCAGAUUAUUAAAGCAAAUAAUCCACAUUAUCUGCUUUGAACUGGAUUAUAUGAGUCUACACUGCCAUAUAAGCCAGUUCAAAAUAUAUCAUCUGGAUUUUAUUAGGCAGUACAGAUGGGACCUUAGUUCCUUCUGUUUAUGAGCUAGCAUGGCAAUAAUGCCCUGCAUUAGCCAGUCACUAAAGAAAAUUGCUCUUGAUAAUGUAAUUCCCAGUUUGUAUAUAGAACUUGGUUAGCUAUAGAUUAUUACAUGUGUAAAUAGGAAAAAAGUUAUUUAUUGAAAAUAUAAUUGAUUCUGUGCUAAGUUGGAAUCAGUUUGAUAAAUAGUUUUUUUCAAUUAUAA